AUGGAUGACGAUUUCAUGGAUGAUCAGGACUAUGACUUGGAAUAUUCGGACGAUUCGGGUAGCGAGCCGGAUGUGGAUCUCGAGAAUCAGUACUACAAUGCAAAAGCCCUAAAAGCCGAGAAGCAGUUCGACAGUGCAUUGAGUGCCUUCCAGAAUGUGCUGGAGCUGGAAGCCGAGAAAGGCGAAUGGGGCUUCAAAGCACUCAAACAGAUGGUGAAAAUCACGUUUGCCACGAAUCGUUUCGAUGACAUGCUGGCAUAUUAUCGGCAACUUCUAACAUACAUCAAAUCAGCAGUCACCAAGAAUUAUUCGGAGAAAUCGAUCAAUUCAAUCCUCGACUAUAUUUCGACCUCUAAGCAAAUGGAUUUGUUACAAAUGUUCUACGAAACAACCCUUGAAGCAUUAAAGGAUGCAAAGAAUGAGCGACUGUGGUUUAAGACAAACACAAAACUUGGAAAGCUUUAUUUUGAUCAAAAAGAGUUCACGAAAUUGGAUCGAAUUAUCAAACAGUUGCGAAAUUCUUGUAAAAACGAGCAUGGCGAGGAGGACCAGAAGAAAGGCACGCAGCUGCUGGAAGUGUACGCGCUUGAAAUUCAGAUGUACACGGAGCAGAAGAACAAUAAAGCAUUAAAAGCGCUCUACGAACAAAGCCUGCAUGUCAAAAGCGCCAUACCUCAUCCACUGAUCAUGGGUGUCAUCCGCGAAUGUGGCGGAAAGAUGCACUUGCGAGAGAAGCAGUUUGAGAAAGCUCAUACCGAUUUCUUUGAGGCUUUCAAAAACUACGAUGAAAGUGGAUCGGAGCGAAGAAGCGUCUGCUUGAAAUAUCUGGUACUUGCAAAUAUGCUAAUCAAGUCAGGAAUCAAUCCAUUCGACAGUCAGGAAGCUAAGCCGUUUCGAAAUGACCCAGAAAUUGUGGCAAUGAAUCAGCUGGUCGAGGCUUACCAGGACAAUAACUUGACGGAAUUUGAAAGCAUUCUGAAGACAAAUCGUGACGCAAUUAUGGCUGAUCCAUUUAUCCGUGAACAUAUUGAGGAGCUACUGAACAAUAUACGUUCACAGGUAUUGCGAACUUUAUGCCUUCCAUAUUCGCGGAUUCGUCUGACAUAUCUUGCGCAGGAACUGCACGUCGAUGAAAGCGAACUUCUCACACUUCUUGUUGAUUUAAUUCUCGAUGGUUCACUGAAUGCUAAAAUUGACGAUAUUAGCGGUAUUCUGGUGACCGAUUCGACCGGCACUGCAGCACGGUAG